UUUUAUCCCAUUCGGUCAAUUAUUUCCCGCCUCUGCUCCGUAUCCUUUCCCGCUUCCCCAAACCCUAACCAAUCACCCUACAUGGUCCAGAAGAACCGAUCUAAUGGCGAUCCGCCCACUGGCCCCAAGAAGCGUAGGCGAGUCGGAUUCUCCGCAAUUGAUGCUGGAGUGGACGCCAGCGAGUGCAUUAAGAUUUACUUGGUUUCUAGCAAAGAGGAGUUGGGGGCCUUAGAUGGUUGCUGCAUCAAUCCAGUGGACUUGAAUAGCUUUUUUGAUAAAGAUGGGAAGAUAUAUGGUUACAAAGGGUUAAAGAUAAAUGUCUGGGUUAGUUGCAUCUCAUUUCAUGCAUAUGCUGACAUCAUUUAUGAAAGUUCAUCAGAUGGGGGCAAAGGUAUUACAGACUUGAAAUCUGCUCUGCAGAGAAUUUUUGCUGAGACUCUUGUUGAGAAUAAAGAUGAUUUUCUUCAAACUUUUUCAACACAAAGUGAUUUUGUUAGAAAUAUUGUCUCAAAUGGGGAAGUACUUCAACCGAAAGCUCCAAAUAGACUAAUUACUAAAUCAAAUAGUGAUUCUGAAGCAUCUACAGCAGAUGUCGAGGUUGUGCGCUUGGGGAUCGGCAAUUCUAUUGCCGGCCACCUAUACAGUCGUUUGGUACCCCUUGUUCUUCUUCUUAUUGAUGGUAGCAAUCCGAUUGAUGUCACUGAUCCAGGAUGGGAGUUGUAUCUCUUGAUUCAGCAGGGGCCUCCUUGUAGACUUCUUGGUUUUUCAGCAGUCUAUCGGUUUUACCGCUAUCCUGACAGCUCACGGUUGCGACUCAGCCAGAUUUUGGUACUCCCGCCCUAUCAGCACAUGGGUUAUGGCAGUUACCUCGUAGAGGUGCUCAACAAUGUUGCAAUAUCUGAAAAUGUUUAUGAUUUGACAGUUGAAGAGCCACUGGAGUACUUCCAACAUAUCCGAACUUGUGUUGACAUACACCGCCUGCUUACUUUUGAACCAAUCCAGCAAGCAAUUAUUUCAGCUGUUCUAAGUCUGAAGCAUGGGAAAUUAUCGAAGAAAAGUAAUACACCUCGAUUCAUGCCACCAUCAAAUGCAGUGGAGGACGUAAGGAAGAUUUUGAAAAUCAACAAGAAACAAUUUCUCAAGUGUUGGGAGGUUUUGAUUUAUCUUGGCCUUGAUCCGGUCGACAAGUAUUUGGAGGAUUAUAUCAUUAUUAUUUCAAAUCAUGUUAAGGCAGAUAUAUUAGGGAAAGAUUCUGUGGCUGCUGGGAAGCGAUUGGUUGACAUCCCAAGUGAUCAUGACCCGGAAAUGUCAUUUGUCAUGUUUAACUCGCAUGAUGGUGAAGCUAGUAGCAUUCAGAUGGAUGAGAAUCAGGCAAAUCAGAGAGAGCAGUUGCAGCAGUUGGUGGACGAAAGGGUGCGUGAGAUCAAAUCAGUUGCACAAAAGGCUGACAGCAAUCCCAAGUGAUCGUGACCCGGAAAAGUUCCUGUUCAUUUUGUUUUUUUUUUGUUUGGUCCUAGCCAAACGCAAUUGUUACUUUGGUAUGUUUACAUGCUGAUAAUACUUGGUGUUCUCAACUUUUAACUCUUGUCCAUUUGGUAAGGCCGUAAAUCUGAGGGUAUGCGGAACUUUUUGUUGUUUGGAGAAUCAAUCAGCAACAGUAAAGACAGUUGGUAUUCUAUAAAAAUAAUGGUUAGUUCGUGA